AUGUCAACGGUUGAACUAAAAUUAUCCAAGUUAGAUCAACGACUGAAGUUGGCUGUCAGCGAACGACGUUUCUAUGAGGCUCAUCAACUAUACAAGACCAUACAUUUCCGUUGUAUUAUGCGGAAAAAUUAUCAGGAAGCAUUAAAAUAUUUGAAACUAGGUUCUGAGUUUUUACUUGAUAAUGAACAGUGGGAAAGUGGUACUGAGUUAGCUUGCCUUGUACUUGAAGUGUAUAGCCAGAGUGAAACAGUUUUGACUGAAUCUCAUCUAGAUGAAAUUUGUGAACUUUUGAUACGAAUGUGUCCUGGUGAAGAAAGGACACGUUUUGUCCACAAGACACUUCAACUUCUACAGAAGCAAAAAGAUCUUCUGGCUGUGUUCAAUGGAUAUCUCGCUCGUGUAUUGUGGCAAGAAGGAUCUUUCAGUGAAGCAAGGUUGCGUAUCAUGUUAUCUUCUAAUGGCUAUGCGGCUGGUGUCUUCCUUGUUGCUUUGCAUCAGCGAUACGGGCUUCGAUCAGAAAUCGAUUUAUUUAUUGCACAAGCUGUCCUUCAGUUUUUAUGUAUGAAGCAAAUCUCAGUUGCCAUAUUAACGUUUUACACAUAUACACGACGUCACCCUCGUUUAGAGCCUGGGCCACCGUUUGCAGAUUUUCCUUUAUUAAAUUUCCUAUGGUUUCUGAUGUUAGCCAUUGAAAAGAAGUGCAGUCUAGCUGUAUUUUCAGUACUAUGUGAAAAAUACAGUCCCCAACUGAACAGAGACUCUUCUUAUUUAAAAUACUUGGAUAAAAUCGGCCAAUUAUACUUUGGUGUUAAACCUCCUGCAAAUGAAAUGAAUAAUUUUUUUUCACGGAUAAUGCAAAUGUUUAAUGAUGGAGACAAAAUGGAGGAUUCUGUGUCAAGUGAUGACUUAGGUCGUUGUGCGCUGAAUGGGAGUACCGAUGUAAAUUCACCAGAGGAAAUGUGUUUUGAAGAUGUGGAUUAA